AUGUCUGCGCCGUCGUCGUCCAAGCGCCGCAAGGUCGAAGAGAAGCACCCGCUCGUGAUCGACGCCCCAAUCGAGGCCGAUGACGUCACGGACGCGCAUGAGCUCGCGAUGGACACGGGCCUCCACAGCUCGACCAAGGCCAAGCUCUUCUUCCAAUGGCUCAUUUACCCCGUGACGCUCGAGGACUUUUACGCCAACUACUGGGAGCGCAAGCCGCUCGUGAUCAAGCGCCACUUCGAGUCCUACUACGACGGGUGGUUUAGCCGCGACGAGAUCGACCGCAUGCUGCGUGAGCACACGCUCGAGUAUGGCGAGGACAUUGACCUGACGCGGUACCAAAACGAUGUGCGCACGACGCUCAACCCGGACGGCGCGGCCAACCCGGCGACGGUCUGGAAGCACUUUGAGCAAGGGUGCUCGGUGCGCCUUUUGUGCCCGCAGAAAUUCUCCGACCCUGUCUGGAAGAUGCUCUCGAUCCUCGAGGAGGAGUGGGGCUGCAUGGCCGGCUCCAACACGUACCUCACGCCCAAGGGCACCCAGGGCUUCGCACCGCAUUACGAUGACAUUGAAGCCUUCUUGCUUCAGGUCGAAGGCAAGAAGCAGUGGCAGGUGUACGCGCCGUUGAGCGACGAAGAGACGCUUCCGCGCACAUCGAGCCGCAACUUCAAGCAGGACGAGAUCGGGACGCCGAUCGUCGACGUGCUCGUCGAGCAAGGCGACUUGAUUUACUUUCCCCGCGGCUUUAUCCACCAGGCACAGAGCCCCGACGAUGUCGACUCGCUGCACGUGACGGUCUCGACGGGCCAGCAAAAUUGCUAUGGCAACCUCCUCGAGACGCUCAUGCCGCAGGCCGUGACCAACGUGAUUGCCCAAAACCUCGAGUUGCGCAAGUCGCUGCCGCGUGACUACCUCGGCUACAUGGGCGCCAUUCACUCGGACAAGACCGAGGACCCUCGCCGCGUCGCGUUCCUCGCCGCGCUCAAGAAGAACCUCCGCGAGAUUGUGACGGAAGCCAUGGACAUUGCGGACGCGGCGUGCGACCAAAUGGCGCGCAACUUUCUCGUCGACCGUCUCCCGCCCAUGCUCGAAGACGAGGAGGAAGACUGCACGGUCGAGGGCAGUCCGCGGCCAAAGAUCAACGUCAACGCGCGCUUCAAGCUGCUGCGGUACGGCAUUGCGCGCCUGGCGAUCGAGGACGGGAAGGCCGUCGUGUACCACUGCAAGGAGAACUCGCGCAAGCACCACGAGAACCCGCUGUCGCCGCUUGAGUUUGAGAUUGACGACGCCGAGAGCAUCGAGUACAUCUUUGAGAGCUAUCCGGCGUUCUUCCGCGUCGGCGACCUGCCGCAUGAAGACCCGGCCGACCAGAUCGGGCUCGUCAAAGCCCUUUACGAAGAAGGGCUUCUCAUGUUUGAAAAGAACGAGUAA